UAAAAGUUUGAUUAUUUAGUACUGUUAAACCUGUGUGGUCUUUAAACUUAUCAGCAUAUAUCUGUUCCCGUUUUCAUAAGCAGAAAGCCAAAAGAACAAACUUCUAAUAUGGCAAGUGGUAAUUCAGGAUUUCCAUUUCCGAACCAAAAUAACUUUUCUAACAUGAACAAAUUUAACAAUGCAAGUGGCAAAAGUGCGAAUCCUAUGAAUGAUAUGAUACCAGGGUGUAGUUUGACUAACCCUGGAUCAGGAUCAUAUUCUAGUAACGUUCAAAUGCCGAACAUAAAAGGCACCAGUAUGCUCCCUAGUUCAAGCUUUACCAAUGGCUACAACAAAUGGACAACAAACUCAGAUGACGCUGAAUCAGCAGACAUUACUGAGAUAGAUGGUGGGAUUAUGGAAGGGGGAGGUCAGAUUCUUCGCAUUGCGACCGCUCUCAGCACUAUUCUACAUAAGCCUAUCUCAAUCAGUUCUAUCCGUGCCAACAGAACUAACCCCGGAUUACGACCACAGCAUAUGACUGGCAUACAACUUGUGAGAGAUCUAUGUUCAGGUCAACUAACUGGUGACCAGGUUGGAUCGCAGUGCUACACACUAAUACCAAACAUGCUACAAAGUGGGACCUUUGUUGGUGAUACAGGCACAGCUGGUGCUGUAAGCCUGUUGUUACAAAUUGCACUGCCUUGCCUAAUGUUUACCCCGAGUGUAUCUUAUUUGACCCUCUGUGGAGGCACCAAUGCUGAAAUGGCCCCACAAAUUGAUUAUACCAUUCAAGUGCUUAAGCCGGUACUGGAGGCAUUUGGUGUGCGCAUGGAUUGCCAGAUCGUUAAGAGAGGUUACUUUCCAAGAGGUGGUGGUGAAAUCACUGUUCAAGCAAAGCCAAUUCGUCAACUUCAUCCAAUUAACCUCACUAAUCUAGGUUCCAUUAAACGAAUAACCGGACGUGCCUUUGUUGCUGGAGUCAUCCCAUUCAAAAUAGCCCAGCAGAUGGCCAAAUCUGCUACCUCAGUUCUGUGGCGGUCUUAUCCUGAGGUGCCAAUUAAUAUUCAGGCGGUUCAAGAACCAAAAAAUGCUGUGGUUGGCAAUGGCACAGGAAUAAUAGUAGUCGCCGAAACAACAACAGGAUGUUGCAUCUCUGGUACCGCUCUUGGUCGCAAAGGUAUACAAGCAGAACAGGUUGGAUCAGAUGCUGCUGAAAUGCUGCUAAGGAAUCUAUCCUAUGGUGCAUGUGUUGACGAAUACUUGCAAGAUCAACUGAUCAUAUUCAUGGCCCUUGCAGCUGGUUACUCUAGAAUUAAAACUGGCCCAAUCACCCUACACACGCAAACUGCUAUACACAUUGCAAGUAUGAUGACCCAGGCUCAAUUCAAUAUUGUCCAAGCUUCUCCAAAUGCCACAGAUAGCUACAUCAUCGAAUGUUGUGGGAUUGGUCACUGCAAUCCUUAUCUUUAAGUUGGUGCUUUUCAAUUGAUCAUGACGCUGUUCCUUUUCUAUAUGAGAUAAACUAAGAUUUUUGUUAUUGAAAUCCUGAAGUUCAGUCUACUAAACAGCAACUUUGAAAUCCUGCUAUGCUGGUACCUUUUAUUUUUUAUAUGUCAACCAAGUUCUUUAGUUGUUUUCAUUUUGCAAGACUCAUUCUUGACACUUGGUUUUACUGUGACAACCCAUUGCCCCAGGUCUUAACCUUGUACUUUGUCCAUUUUGAAUUUCACACAGCAGAAAAUGACCUUUCCUCGUUCAGUCAAACACUGUCAUCAUUGACAUUUUUGCAUUUUUAAGCUGUCUCUGUUUGAUCUCUGCCUUUGUUAGUUAUGACUGUGCAUUUUCUACAAGCAUUUGUAUCAAACCGUUUUAACUUCUUUAUUUCUUUUACAACUAACAUAACUUUUUGUUACUGUUCAUAGUAGGGUUUUAUGUGCGAAUUUCCGUUUUAUUCAUUUUAUUGAGCAAGUCUUAAAGAUGACCUUUCCUUAAAUGAUAUGCAUGUUAAUACAUAAAAGUAUUCAUAUUAUAAGAUCAAUAGAAACUGUGUUUUCUUCUCAAACCUUCUUUUCUGUGAUUGUGACUAAUGUAACAAGCAUGGACAAAUUUUUACAAUCUACCAUGUUAUAAGCAAAUGAACAGAAAAUGUAGCCUAUAUGAAAAGUAUUGCAUUAACUUCAAAUGCUGUUUGAAUCAUUGUGAGCAGGCAUAGUGAUGCCGGGUAGAGAUGUAGCAAAUACCGCUGUGAAAAGAGACUGGCUUGUAUUCAGCCUACACAUAUAACCACAUUAUAACUAGUCUUGUUGUAUCUUAUAAUUGUAUACCCUUCUGUGUUUCCUAGUUGUGCCUUUCUUGUCUUUCUAUGUGCAUUUUAAUAGUGAUAGUCUAUGUUCAAAAACUGCUGCGACGGCCACUUUUAAUUUGGCAGUGUUACAAUCAUAUAGAAUUUAUAUAUGCUCAAUAUACUUUUAUGUUCUGUAAGCUGCCGUUUCAGUUCUAUUUAUUAUUACACCAACUUUUAUCUUCCUAGUUGAUUUACAAAUUUCCAGUACACACAAUUACAAAUACUGAGUAACCGGUUAAUGUUGAAAAAGACAAAUCUAUGACUUUUCAAUUUUUUUUUGUGAAAACUGUAGCCCUUUAUCUUGUUCUUCUGCUUAAAAAUGAAAUCAUUUUAUGCCAUUCCUAAGUUAGCUGCAAUGCCGCCAUGAUUUCGUUCCUUCGAUAUAUUCUUUAUUUGUGGUGCUAAACAUUUCUGUUGGUUGAUAUAAAACAAGUUCUAUUUGAC